AUGAUGAGAAGUGAUGUCUCGUAUUACGACUUAAUCUUGAUGAUCGAAGAAGUUGGCUUUCAGGCAAUUGACUUUCUGAACUAUGCGAAAAAAACACGUCUAGGCAGGUCCUACUUAGUUCACAUUUAUGAUGAAGGUCUUGUGAUGAAAAUGUUGCCCGACCCUGAGAUUGUGAAAGCUGUCCAUCUGUAUGUGUCUAAGGAGAAGGCUGACGAUCAAAUUGCUCCGCCUAGCAAGCAAAUUGAUGUUGCUCCAUCUAACCAUCCAAAUGAGAGUGUUCUCUUACAGGACGGUGGUGUCUCUGCUGAAGAGGCAGGGCAACUUACUAUGCAAGGGCCACAAAGACCACCACGUAGGUCAAAAAGGUUGAAUGUGAUUCAGGUUACGGACCAACGUGAUGAUGAAGAUGGAGACUGCAACAAUGGUGAGCAAUUCCCACAAGGUCAUGAAUCACAAGCAUUGGUCGAUGAAGAGUGUCAAGUUCACAAUCAAGUAGACAAGGAAGUACGCAAGUGCAAGAGAACAAGCUUGCCAAUUGUCUGGAACAUGCCAAAGGGGCAGAGAAUAGUUGUGAAAUGCAAUGAAGAUAGCCAGCCUAUAGGAGAUGAAGGUGCAAUCUUGGGGAAGUUUCUGGGCACGAUUGCUAGAAAUGGAGGGUUUUGCCCACUAAACAUAAAUGAUUGGCGUCAUGUCAAAAAGAAUAGUGGUGAGGAAACAAUAUUGCAGUGCGUACAGACAAAGUUUGUGUAUCCUCGAUCAUGUGAAAAAUGGAUACUCAAAUCAAUUGGAAGAGACUGGAGGAAAUUUAAGUCUAGUUUGAAAGAUGCUUUCUUCAAACCCGCCAUUGAAAAAAAAUCCAAACAUCAAGCGAAAGGCUUUGUAUAA